UGGACAUUUUGAGUUUCCAAUUCCUUCUUCUUCGAUCUACGGGAAACUUCCGGAAGACCAAUUAUUAAUUGCAUCCCGCUGUCCAUUGUUUUGUCAGUUGAAGGGCUUUUGUUUCUAUUCCCCUGCGGUUGGCUGCUGACGAAUCUCUUAUCUGCGUCCUUAAAUUAGUAAAAUGGAGUCUGGAGCCCUAGUGUCGUCCGAGAAAGAAGGGCAGCAAGGAGCCUCGUAUACGUACUGGGUUAGGAAAAUAACGGAAGAUGCAGCGCCUUUGCCUGUGCCUCGUAAGCUCAACCCAGAAGAUGUUCCCCCUUGUCAUUCUCAAUCUCAAUCUCGGUCUGCCACGCUUGGCUCAGCUUGGAAUCGCGCUGGGACAUGGGAGGAGAAAAGUCUAAACAAUUGGGCAACUCCGAGAAUUAAGGAGUUGCUUAUCUCAUUAGGCUCCAUACAGUUCUCCUUUGGCAGAGCAGAAGUAGAAGAUGUAACAAAAUGUGUUGGCGAUGCAUUCAUGGUGAUAGUUCGGAACAAGAAACGUGUUGGUUACACAUAUGAGUUGAGCUUAAAAGUCAAAGGGGAAUGGAUCAUACAAGGAGAGAAGAAGUUCGUUGGGGGUCAUAUAGAUGUCCCAGAAUUCUCAUUUGGUGAACUAGAUGAAUUGCAGGUUGAAGUGAGACUGAGUGAAGCAAGGGAUAUCUUGCAUCAAGACAAGACACAGAUUUGCAACGACUUGAAGCUAUUUUUACAGCCUGUUCGGGAAAAGUUGCUUCAAUUUGAACAGGAACUCAAAGAUAGAUAGAUAGAAAGAGGUAGUUUUCGUAUUUGUGACAAAAACCAUGCAGUUUUUGUAAUUUGAGUCGGUACUUGUAUUUCUAGUACAAUCUCUUCCCGAAAUAAAGUUAUGUUAAUGUCUGGACCAAAACUACAAAUAUGGAAGUUCUCUUGGGUAAAUUCGAACAUGAGGCCUAAGUAUUUCAAUCAUCAUACAUUAAAUUAAAUUAAAUAUAAUAUAUGGCGUGGUUUUGCUCCUGAA